AACAUCCAUUCGCUGAGCGGCUUUCGCUGUUGAAUGAGCUGUUUUGCUGUUUUCGUGGAACGACGGCCGCCGCGUAUCUUUCAGAUACAAAAAUUUAAUCGAAUCGAACCGAAUUGCAGCUGCCGUUGCGCGCGUGUUGUCGAUGGAAAUUGUGGAAUUAUAACAAUUAUUUCUCGUGUGGAAGUGUGAAAGUGAAAUAGUCGCCCCAAGAGCGACGCAAUUAGAUGAAAAUAUCUUUUACUCACGCUCUGUAUCCGCCUUGUAACUUUGUAUCUUUUGUGCGAGCCCGCUUCAACAAGUAAACCAAUAUUUUAAAAAUCACUCGAGUGGAAGGCUGCGCGUCCUUGGGCUGCACCCAAUUUUAAACACCUGUUUUAGAACCGAGAUAUAGAUAUUCGAUUGCGAUUUGAUCCACCGAAAGAGACAGCCGCAACCAGUUAGAACGAGACAGGGGAAGCGAGCUGGGGAAAGAGAUGAAUAAUUUCACAACCACAACAGCAGCCGCACCACCAAAGGAAGCGCUGCCCCGAUCAGGACAUGUUAAUGAGGCUGCAUUACAUCUUCAAUGGAAUUCCUUUGUUCGAGCCCGGUUUUGUCCCCAAUUCGAAAGACUGCAUCUCGAAGGUGACUCAUCGGUUUACCGAGACAUCAAGUGGAGCAAACAGAUUUUUACGAUCUUGCAGGGCUUCUCUAGAGAUUUUACCGUGUGCAAGGAGUGGCUCGUGCGUGAGGAUGGCGCUUUGGCCUACAAACUCCAGUCCCAAGAGAUUAAUGACUUCUACAAGGGAAAUCGGUACAGAAACGCAGUGGUACGCGAGGAUUUCCCCACUGCCCUGCACGAACAGAUCAAGGAAAAGGAACAAGCCCAGCGAAGGGUGGAUGCCUACAGAAGACGUCUAACUGAACAGGAGGAGCAUGACAAGCGAGUGGCCAAAGAAAUUGCUGACAAACUGGAGCGUGACCUGCAGGAGCAGCAGCAAAAGGAGCUGCAACAGAGCGAGCUAAUAGCCAAGCAAAUGCAGGAAAUCUAUGUUAAUUUGCCGCCUGUGCCGCCGCCAGCAACACGAGACAAGAGCCGUCCCCCGCCCCGUCCCGCCAAAGCAAGUAUACACCUGCAACAGCAGCAGCAGCAACAUCAGCCAGAGGCUAGCACCUCACAGCAGGCUAGAUAUCACAGUCAGCAACACCAGCAACACCAGCAGCAGCAGCAACCGUUGCAACUGCAGCAGCAACACUUUUCACAAACAGACAACUAUGUAGGAUUAUCGCUUAUACCAAAUAUUGUAGAUUUGCCAGCGGCAGCAGCAGCAACAUGCACAACUCCCACUAGAAAUGUACAGGCACACAAUCAGCUGUUGGUGAGUGAUGUCUUAUCAUCGCAACACCAGCAGCAGCAACAGCAACAUCACUCACGUUUUCAUCAUGCACAACAGCAGCAGCAGCAGCAGCAGCAGCAGCAACAACAGCAGCAACAUCAAUCAUCAUCGCCGGCACGUCGUCCACCAACAAAUCCGAACACAUCUGCAACAACUAACAUGCCCAGCACUCCAUCCAUAACUCAGCACCCACCCACACACACCGCACACUCAGCUGGCAUCGAUGAGCUGGUGGACUAUGCCGAUGUUGCUGACAGCAUACGCGACUACAAUAUCGCUGCCACAAGCUGCACGGCAGCAACAUCGGGCAGUGUUGUCGAUGCAGCUGCAACAUCACUCCAGAAACAACGCUCCCCGUCACACGAAAAUCUCCUAAGAACCGAACUGAAAUUUCAGAAAUUGUCACCAGAGAAAUACGAUCAACUGGUGGGCAAUUUCGGCUUGGGAAAUGGAACUGGAUCGGGAUCGGUAUCUGGAUCUGGAUCGGCCAAGGCAGCUGAAAGACACAUGCAGCAACACGCCGAUGACAUCGAACUCUAUGUGGAUCCCUGCGAUUAUGCGAGCCUGCGCGAGAUCGGACUGCCAAUGGAGGAGAUCCAGGAGAUGAGCAAGAAGCUCAAGCAGGAGCAGAAGGAUGAGUUGCUGGCUCGCCGACUGCAGGCCAUUGAGUCCAAAGAAUGUGUGGGCCAGGAGCACAGGGAUCGUCUGCUGGCCAUCGAGGCUCAGGACAAGGAGCUGGCCAAAAUGCUGCAGGACAGGAUGAAUUCAAGAAAUUCGUUCUGCUAUAAAUACAACUAUUUAGGAAUAAGAAAGGAGAAGGCCAAAGCCAAGCGGGCCAAGGAGAAAGCUCGUCUGCGAAAAACUCAGCAGAAGGAAGCCGCAGAGGCUGCCAAUGGAAACGGUAGUCUGCUCUGUGGCACCAAUUCCCAUUGUGGUCCUAUGCUGCCGCUGCCACCGGACUGCCUUUCCAGCACUGCCAAUCAUUCACAGGCCGACAUCGAUGUGGAGGCCUACUCCAAUCCCAUAGAUGUGCUCAACAAUAGUCGUGAACAGCGACCACACAAUGGACCUUUGACCAAUGGCAGCCUGACCAGAGAUGGGGGCUCGGGCUCCAAUCACAGCUCGAUGCAGAGGCAGCAAAGGAACAUGGCACCCAUUAGGGGAGAAGACGAUAUAUACACUCUGCCCGUGGACAGUUGUAGGCCAGGACCAAGGCCUGUUUCACUGCACAUGGCAGCGGAGGCGGUGCAACAACUUCAGAACCACAAUUCCAUGACAAGAUCCGAGCAUUAUGGAUCCGAGGCCGGUUCGCAUGACAGUUCCCAUCUGAGCGGCCAAGACAUAUCGCCCCACAUGAAAUACUCCAAGUCCGGCAAUUUCGGUAUAUAUAUCAAAGUGCCAGUCCCACGCCGCCUUACAUGCCAAUUCAGGGUACUCGACGAUCAAAUUCAAGUGAAGAUCGUAAAAAGAAGUCCAAGGACAAGUGCACGCAUCAGUGAACCAUAAUCCCCCAUUCAAUACAACACUUAUAUACACAUAUGUUUUGUACUCUCUUGACAAUGCAAUUGUUCAGAUCAAAAUCAUAACUUUUAUCGAUUUAUUCAAAUCUUUCUCACAGUGUAUCCUUAGAUCUUAGUGGUAGUUUAUAGUUUAAAUACAUCAAAAUCAUGUACAUUUUA